CUUUGCUUCUCCCUUCCUUCCUUCCUUCCUUUCUCUCUUUCUCCUUGCCUUUAUAUCCGAACAACAAUAAAACCAUCACUACUUCUAACAAUUUCUCAUUAUUUUCAACACUAAAUUUCAUUUUUUUCUUUUAAUUCUUGUUUUUUUGGGAACACUAAUUGCAUGCAUCUUCUCAUCCUUUUGAUACAGAGGAAACAGAUGUUGCAGGAGCAGAGGAUCUAGCCUUUGAGGGAUUUUCUCAUUUCAAAGAAAAGACACAAAUUUUCUUUUAUUUUCUUUUCUUUUUAUAAGAGUUUCUUUCUCUUUCCAAUUUAUCUGUUGACUGAGAAAGAGAAAGAGAGGGAGAGAGAGAGAGAGACAUUGUAUGUGUGUUUUGUCACGAUCAUUGGAUGCACGUGGAAGCCCAGAAGGAUGGCUCUUUCUGGGGUUCAUAAAGAUAGAGGAGAGUUGAGGAUUCAUGAAUGUUUGGAGGAGCUUGGCACUGAUUUGGCAGACUAUAUUGCGGAACUAUCCGAGGCAUCUGUGAAGGAGAGAGGUGCCUUUGCCGUUGCCUUAUCUGGUGGUUCUCUCAUUGGCUUGAUGGGGAAACUUUGUGAAGCUCCCUAUAAUAAGACUGUAGACUGGGCCAAAUGGCACAUAUUUUGGGCAGAUGAACGUGGGGUGGCAAAAAACCAUGCUGAUAGCAACUAUAAGCUGGUAAAGGAUGGGCUUUUGUCCAAGGUCCCUCUUGUACCUAGUCAUGUACACUCUAUCAAUGAUUCACUGUCAGCUGAGGAGGCUGCGAACGACUAUGAGUUUGUUAUUCGUCAACUAGUGAGAACACGGACAAUCGGUGUGUCUGAUGUCAGUGACUGUCCCAAGUUUGACCUCAUCCUUCUUUGUAUGGGCCCUGAUGGUCAUGUUGCCUCCCUGUUUCCUAACCACCCUGUACUUGAUGCAAAGGAUGAAUGGGUUACCUUUAUUACUGAUUCCCCCAAGCCACCACCUGAAAGGAUCACUUUCACUCUGCCUGUCAUAAACUCAGCCUCAAAUGUGGCAGUAGUUGUAGCAGGUGAGGACAAAGCAGAGGCAGUACACUUGGCAAUUGAUGAUGUGGGACCUGACUCUGCACCUCUGCCUGCUCGGAUGGUUCAGCCAACAAAAGGGAAGUUGGUCUGGUUUUUGGACAAGCUAGCUGCCUCAAAACUCGAUGGUUCCCAAUCUUCUGAGUAGGAUCAAGUUUUCAUUGCCAAGCGUGUAGACUUUGAAGUAGCUGACGGUUCAGCAUCCAUGUAUCCUUUUUUUCUUCUUCCAUGAAUUCCCAACUUUUCCUUUCCAUUCUCUUCCUUUGGCUUUGAGUUAAAUUAUCCAUUUGGCUACUAUCCUCUCUUCUCUAGAUGAAUUGGGGAAGUGUGAUUAUCAUCCUUUUUGUGCUAGAACAAAGUUGGGGCCUCAGUGCAAAAGCUUUUUCUGGUUUUGGUUUCUUCUUAGGAUUGUUUUUGAAGCUUGGAUAGUAGUCCCAUGGGGAGCCAGCCCAUCAGAAUCCGGAAACAGGGCACAGCCCUACUCUUUUUUUGGUUUAGUGUCAGGUGAAAGAGUUUGAUGGAAUUCAGUAGGAACUUUAUGCAAACAACAUUACAAUUCCUAUUAUCAGAAUAUACAACUUUACACAGUUUCAUCCAAUGCCUUCUAUUAGAAUGUAAUGUGACAUCCAAACAAUAUAUUGUACUUGGCAAUUUGCAUGCAUAUUUUCAAUAUAUCAUUGCAAAAAUGUAGCUUCUGAGAUUGAUAA